AUGUCGCACACUGUUCGAAGGUAUCUGUUAGUCUGCCGUUGCCCGUCUGCCUUCAACGGAAUUAUUUCUGGGACAUCGGCGAACAACUUGCGCUGCACUGUAUACAGGGUCUCGAGACUUGAGCGUGGCCGAUUGGGUCGGCUGUCGGAUCUUCCCGGCUGUGACCGCCGCGGAGCUGAGCCUCUCCCUCGAACCUCUCUCCUCACAGACACGACAACAACAGCGCAGAGUAUUCCAUCGCAUCGCAUCGACGUGCGCAGCCUCACUGGCCCCAUAACUCCCAUGUCCUCGCAGCAGUCACCUUCUGGUCGCACCGCUCUGUCACCGUCACCGUCACCGUCUCCAGGGUCUGUGUCACCGCCGCCGACGACGAGCGGGCUCCCACCAUCGCCUCCUGCGUCUCCGCUCCCCAAGCAGCUCAAGAAGGCGAGCGGCCUUCCCUCUCUCUCCAGCGCGCGCGCAUCUGCCUCUUCUCCAUCACGCUCCUCCUCGCCACCCUCUACGUCCGAAUCCCUUGCCCGGCAGACAAAGCUUCGCGACAUUGCCAGUCAGAUUGCCGGCUUACGGUCCGAUCACCACGCAGAGCGCCACUCUCAGCUCCACGCCAUCUGCCUCAGUCCAUACACGCUCGCCGACUUUGAACACUAUCUUCUGCACGAACAUCGAGAUCGGGGGCUGUCGGCGUGGUGGCAGCAUCGGGCGCGCUACGAAUACGGCGCCGAGACAAAUGCAUUGCAGCUGUGGAUGCCGGGGGAGAUUCACGAGCGCUUCAUUCGGAGCUUUGCUACCGAGCUGACUGAACAACUUGCACAUACAAUCCGCAACCUCAAUGGAUCUGAAUGGAGGCGUGUUGUAGAAGCAUUGAGUGACGUAUGUGAUACGGGCAGUCCGAACUUGAAGCUGCACUGGGAAGAGGAUGCAAUUUCAUACCCAAGGCAGCCCGACGCAUCGUUCAAACACUCCUCCCACAAUACAACAUAUCCCACUUUUCUUCUCGAGGUCGCCAAGACGGAAAGUUUGGACAAGCUGCAGAGAGACGGGCACAACUGGAUCUCCGGCACGCAGGCCUUGGUGAAAUGCGUAGUGGGCGUCCACCUGGAUCCUGUGAAGAAUGACCAGAGGGCAAUCAUCAGUGUGUGGCGAGGGAGUAGGGAAGAGGAUGAGUUCACAAUUGAAAUGCCAGUCCGAGAGGAGGAGUUCCGUUCAGCGGACGGCCAACCUGUUCCUGGAAUGCUGCGCCUCUCCGCCUGGGACCUCUUGAGUGACUCUGUCUUGGCUGAACAUUUUCCGGAUCUUCUUCCUGCCACGCUCCAGUCUGUGUUUAUCGACAUCCCAUAUGCACGACUCGCUGCAAUGCUUCAGAAAGCGGAAGCGCCGCCAGACGACAACAUCGUGGCUCGCGAUACGAAGAAGCUGAAAGGUCCCAAACGGAAGCGAAGUUCCUCGCCGGAAGAAUUGAGCGAUAACGCAGAGGCCAAUUUCGUGGCGCAUGAAGCAAAGGCACAAAAGCGAGCCAAGGCAGAGGCUGGACCUUCUUAUCAUGGGCGCAGGGGCAGGCAUUUGCCAGCAGAAUCUUCCCGAUCACUCCGAUCACGACCUCUACCAGUUGCCGUCUCGAGAAGAAACCUGAUCGCCGCACUCUCGACCCCCAACACAUCUUCCUUCUUCAUGGCACGACCCUUCUUCUCCCGAGCUCAGCAGAGAGUCCUGGCACCACGACACCCACUCCGCAUGUUUUGCUGUCUCGGUAUCGCGUGGUUCGCACAAAAACGCAUUGGCGACUUUGAUGUCUCGGCGUAUCGAAUUCGAGCAAGCGGCUCCAAAGUACGACAUGCCCUGCGCGACGAGAUGACUUCCCGAAUGGAAGGACAAUUCUCAUUCUUGGGGUUGGUUUUCGAGAGAGAUUGGGAACUGGGAGUACAGAUCUUGGAAGGCUUGUAG